AGUAAAUGAAAACACCAUUUUCUACAUACUGACAGGAAUUCUCAUUUUAUAUCUACGUGUAUUUCACAGUUGAUGAGCAACUGAAAGGUCUACUCCAUUGAUAUGGGGACAGCUCUGAGCAACUUACAAUUGGAGCCAACAUGGUUGCUGCUGGUGGUGCGGGUGCUGCAACUGCCAUUACGACAAACCCAUUAUGGGUUGUAAAGUCCAGACUUCAAGCUAUGCUUCUUUAUGAUGCACUCUUGCUGAAGUACUCUUAAACAAGGUUUAUGACUGCAAAAUGGUGUGGUGUUCAGGGGAUCAACCUCCUUGUCAUUGCUUUGACAGAUGCAUGGGUCAAGCUGGCAUAUUUUUUGAACCAUAAAUGUAAGCCUUCUGGCAAUAAAUAAGAGAAAUUAAU